UUGCUCUGCCCAGCCUAGGACGAUGGGGAGGAAAAAAAUACAGAUCUCACGCAUUCUGGACCAAAGGAAUCGUCAAGUGACAUUUACCAAAAGGAAGUUUGGGCUGAUGAAGAAGGCCUACGAACUGAGCGUGCUCUGCGACUGUGAGAUUGCUCUCAUCAUCUUCAACAGCGCCAACCGCCUCUUUCAGUAUGCCAGCACAGACAUGGACCGUGUGCUCCUCAAGUACACGGAGUACAGCGAACCCCACGAGAGCCGCACCAACACCGACAUCCUCGAGACACUGAAGCGGAGGGGUGUGGGCCUCGAUGGGCCAGAGCUGGAGCCAGAUGAGGGGCCUGAGGGCCCGGGAGAGAAGCUUCGGAGGCUGGCAGGUGAUGGGGGUGAGCCAGCCUUGCCCCGACCCCGGCUCUAUCCAGCAGCCCCCACCAUGCCCAGCCCAGACAUGGUAUAUGGGGCCCUGCCCCCGCCAGGCUGUGACUCCAAUGGGCUUGGGGAGGCCCUGCCCGCCCAGAGCCGCCCAUCCCCCUUCAGGCCAGCAGCCCCCAAAGCUGGGCCCCCAGGCCUGGCCCAUCCUCUCUUCUCACCAAGCCACCUUGCCAGCAAGACACCGCCACCCCUGUACCUGGCAGCAGACGGGCGGAGGCCAGACCUGCCUGGAGGCCUGGCAGGGGCCCGAGGGGGACUGAGCGCCUCAAGAGGCCUCUACAGUAGCCUGCAGAGUCCAUGCUCGGCCGCAGCUCCAGGACCCUUCCCUUUCCUCCCAGCAGGCCCCCCAGGUAUGGGCUGGGAGACCCCCCUCCCCCCCCCGGCUUGCUGCAGCCCCCUUCCCUGGCCCCCUGGCAGCCCUCGAGGGGUGAUGGGCCCCUAGCCGGCCUUGCCCAGCCCAGUGGGGGCCGCAGCCUGGGCGAGGAGGGUGCUCCAGCCCGCGGUGCCUCCCCACUGACCCCCCACGUCAGCAUCAAGUCCGAGCGCCUCU